AUGCUAACCAUGUACUUUCUCUUCUCUAUGCAUGUAUCGGUCUUGAGAAGACCAAAUUACUCAGGGAAGUCCAUUUAUUUGACGCAGGUUGCUCUUAUCGUCAUUAUGGCACAAAUCGGGUCUUUCGUUCCGGCAAAGAGAACGGUCAUGGUGCUCGUUGAAUGUAUACGAAGCCGAAUUUCUAGUUUUGAAUCAAUCUCACACGGGCACUCCAGUUUUUUUAUCGAUGCAAGUCAAGUCGCGCAGAUGUUAGCCCCUAAGAAGAGUGGAAGAGGGCUAUAUCUGCUUGACGAGUUUGGGAAAGGAACGUUGGAAGCCGAUGGUAUGGCCUUGUUAGUUGCUGCUUUGAGAGAACUUCUUGCCAGACCAGUUGCAGAUGCGCCACUCUGUCUUUGCACAACUCACUUCGUCGAGAUUUUAAAAGACCCAUGCCUUCCAGUCUCAGAUCCGAGACUGUCUAUGUUUUCUAUGGAAGUUAUGACGAAACCAAACACCAAUCUAGCUCGGCGGUCUAAACGCCCAAAGCUUUUGUCAGCGCGCGACUCGGUGUCCGUGGGUACUCGACUUUCUCGAUUGGUAUCCAGGGUACCCAGUGAAGCAGCUGACCAAGGGGAAAGUGAUGGGAGAGAACAAGUGCACAGCGUCGUGAGGACAUAUCGACUUUUGCCAGGGUCAGUGUGCCAAGAGUCUCGAGCUCUGCAGUGUGCCUUGGAAGCCGGAGUUCCUAGGUUUAUCUUGCAAAGAGCUGCACAUGUACACAGUGCUAUUUCUGGUAAUAGUGUGAUCGCACACGCUGUUGCAACUUCAGAAAACAAUCCGAGGAUUCGGAAUUGUGCCGAUGCCGUCCGAAAACUCAUGUCCAUUGACCCUUCGGACUCUCUAAAAUAGCGGAAGUCCAACCAUGCUGAUGUAGUCCUGUUUUCUCAGGCAUACUGCCCCUACAAUUGGGUACCCAAACGAAGGAAAAUACUAAAACAGAUACCCAAAGACCAGAAGAACUCAAACAACUGCUGUAUACUGUGUCUGCUGAGAACUACGGCGUAGAAUUCUUCUGAGCCCUGUAAAGACCAAAGCGCUCCGAAAAGAGACGCCCAAUAAAGUAAUGGGUAGACAUCUUUGA